AUGUGCUGGGAGCAAAGAGUUGAAAUCCAUAAACUCCGGCAAGGUGAAAAUCUAAUUCUUGGAUUCAGUAUUGGAGGUGGAAUUGAUCAGGACCCUGCUCAGAAUCCUUUCUCUGAAGAUAAAACUGACAAGGGUAUCUAUGUAACAAGAGUGACAGAAGGAGGCCCAGCAGAAGUUGCCGGACUCCAGGUUGGAGACAAGAUAAUGCAGGUGAACGGGUGGGACAUGACAAUGGUAACUCAUGACCAAGCGAGGAAGAGACUGACAAAGAGGAAUGAAGAAGUGGUACGGCUCCUGGUGACCAGACAUUCUCUGCAGAAGGCUGUUCAGCAGUCCAUGAUGUCCUAAUUAUGCAGUAGGCUUGGGGGAGGGGGGCAGAGGGAGGGAUCUAUAGAGUGACACUCCUUUGUUCUAAGGAAGCAAGUACUAGAGCUGCCUAACAAGGUAAAACAUGCACCAUUUUUACUCUAAAUUGAGAAUAGUAAAUUCUAGACACUUCAGCAGCAGUUUCUCUUUCAGAAAGGCUUCCAGUAGCACAUGCUGCAUCAAACAGUACCUUACCCUACUAUGUAUGCAAAGCUGUAACAGCGACAGGGGAAGACAUUAUAUAAAGAACAAGAUGCAAAACACUAAAUACUUUUCUUAGGGAAGAAAUGGUGGAAAAAUGCAAUUAACUUAGUGGGAGAUGAUUCUCCUAUAGUGCAAGAGUUCCCCAUUGCUUAGCUUUUAAAGCUCUGCUUGCUGAUGCUGGUAAGGAGUGAAUGAUUAACAGUGGGGAGAGGAGGUAGUGUUUUUACUCUAAACUUUGAAAAUCAAAUGUUAAGGGUUAGAUUAUCCCUUGCUAGUUCUGGCUCAGGUUUUUAAGUGAGUUUGUAGAAGGUCCAAUGCUGAGUAAGGACAUCUACACUACUCUUAACAUGUGCUAGCAAAUGUUAAGCAGAAUAUUUUGCAGUGCUUGAGGGAUAGUUCACUGCAAGAUUUUAGUCUGCUUCACCAAGCAGCUCUUCAUAAAAGGGAUGCAAGUUUGAACUAGCAGUUGGUGCAUAAAAUAAUGGAAGCUGUGGGAUUUUGUAAUAAAAUACUUGGGAACAAUGCCAGCUUUAACAUGCUAUAACUAACUCUAGGGCUUGUUUUAAAAAAUACUGUAAGUGGGAAAGAAAUGGAAACCUUUAUCAUUACUGAACAUACAUGACACUGUCUCUUCCUCACUCCACAUUUAGCAGAGAGAAUCUUCAAAUAGAAGGGGGGCAGCUGGUCUGUUUUGUAAGGGGAGACUUAUUUAAAUCUUGUAUUAAGUAGAAAUGUGCAAAUGAGCUUGCAAACAUCUAUUGUACCAAAAUUCCUAUCUCUGCACCUGUGGUAGGCAAACUUACACUACAGAAAUCCUUCACAAAGGCUAAACUAUGGAUUUGUAGGAGCUUUUGCAGAAAGUCUUACAGAUCCUUGAAGGGUUUCAUACCCUUCAGUGAACCACAUUAACACUAAGGCAUUAUACAGGCUAGCUUUAAUUACAAUUAGCCAAAAAGUUUCAUCUUCCAGAACUAGUUUUAAUGACACUGUAUAUGACCUCUUUACUUCAACUGUCUUCAGACUAGUUUAAAAAAUUGUAAAUAGAACUCUGAAGAGGUUGUAGACUAACUUAUUACUGCAGUGCCAUUUAGGUUCUGACUUCAAUUAAUUUUUAUAAACUUGAUAAAUGCAUCUCAAAGAAUGUUCCACUCUGUAUCUUUACAUACCAGCAGAUGCCUUUUUAUACAGUUUCUUAUUCACUAAUACAAAAAAUCCAAAAGGAAUUUGACAUUCAAAUUACAAAUCCUGUGGUAGUAAAUAUCUUAAUAGCUUUACAGAUAGGUCUUAUUUUUGUUUACUGUAGAACAGUACACUGCUAUUUGUACUGUGGUCUCUUGAUUUUACACAAUAAAAAGAAUGAAUUU